AUGCUCGAAAUCCUGGACAAAGCUCUACAGCGAUUAUACUGGGCUUGGCGAAACCAUGAAGACCUCCCUGAGAACCUUAUCCGCGGCUAUAAAGCAAGUAUCAUAACCAACGACAUCCUACAAGGACUGGGAUUCAAUGUCUCUGAGCUUCACGAACCAGACACUCGAAAAUCGUCAACGGACACAGCAGUCUCCUCCCUCGGAUCUCAGGAUGCGGAUCAGGUACAAUCAGGGAAAACUACGCCGGACGAGGACAUCUUCGGUCCAGCACUCUCGCCCUCAGUCAACUUUGGUUUUGAUCCACCCUCACCGAUUCCUGGUCAAGUUCAAUCAGCAGACACGACUCCUAUCACUCUUGCAGAUCUUUCAGCAUCUCCAUACGAAGCGAUCAAGGUCCGAACGUCGAGUCUCCCGUUUCAGUGGACACGUUUCCCACAGAUCCCUCACCGCGACUCGUGUCAAUUACACCUCGUCUGUCGGAGGAGACGACUUGAACGGCAGACCGGCGUUAGUCGCAAGGCUUCGACUGCAAGCUCUUUGGGAGAAAACGUCUCAGUGCCGAUGUCCAGCAAUGAGUCUAUGGAGGACCUGACCAGUACCUCCUCCCGCAACCUCAAAAAUCAACUAUUGGGAAAGACGGUGAACAUCACCACUUGGACGGGCUCUCCGGUGGGCCACAGAUCGUCUUACGACAGCUACUUGCCGUCAAUGUCACGUAUCAUGGCUGUGGACAGUCCGAUGCAAUAUCAGACCGCUUCUUGGGCGUGA